ACAAACCUUAUUCAUCCGUAGAAUACACGUCUUGGUGGGUUCUCUCUCACUUUACAGAGAAAAAGAUCUGGUUGGUGGUGGAUACAUGGGGAGAUUAUUUGUGGUGAAUCUUGAAGGGAAGGUUUAUAGCUGCAAACACUGCAAAACCCAUCUUGCUCUUUCCGAUGAUAUUGUUUCCAAGUCCUUCCAUUGCCGCCAUGGGAAAGCAUAUCUCUUCAGUAAGGUAGUGAAUGUUACUACCGGAGAAAAGGAAGAUAGACUGAUGAUGACAGGGUUGCACACCGUGGCGGACGUCUUCUGUGUCGGAUGCGGAUCAAUAGUGGGGUGGAAAUAUGAAAUGGCUCAUGAGAAGAGUCAGAAGUACAAGGAAGGAAAAUUGGUCCUCGAACGGUUUAAGGUGUCCGGUCCGGACGGAAGCAAUUACUGGAUCAGCCAUGGAAGACAUGUGGGUGGGAGUGAUGCAGAUGAUGUUUGAUCAAAACAAUAAAAAAAAAAUGGUCAAAUUUCCAAAUUGUACAUUCUUUAAACCCCUUAAAAAUCUCAUUCAGUUCAUGUCAAUCCUAAAAAAAAAAACCAGACAUUCCUAAUUUAAGCAACAUGUCCAACUUGCUGUAAGAAAAAAUGAUUUGAAACAUUGAAUUGUUAAUUAUGUUUUAUAAAUUGCAGUUUCAAGGUGUUCAAACA